UUUUUGGGCAAGAGUCUCACUGAUGUUUGCUCGUAUCUGUCUGCAACAAUGACAACCAUCGUUCAUGACACAUCAGAGGCAGUGUGCCUGUCUGCGGAGUACAACCUCUGUCUGAAGCCCAUUGCCAAAAUGACCGUCAGUGUGGCUUUGCCGCAGCUCAAGUUGCCAGGGAAGAGCAUCUCCAACUGGGAGGUAAUGGAGAGGAUAAAGGCCAUGGUAGCUCCUGACCAAUUUUCAGCUCUGAGGAUCUCCAAAAGCACUUUAGACUUCAUUCGCUUUGAGGGUGAAGUGGAAAACAAGACUGUGGUCAAGAACCUGUUGAGUCGACUGGAUGGAAAGACCAUAAAGCUCAGUGGAUUUACUGACGUACUGAAGGUUCGCGCAGUAGAAAAUAAAAUGGAUUUCCCCACACGUCAUGACUGGGACUCCUUUUUCCGGGAUGCCAAGGACAUGAAUGAGAUUCUGCCAGGAGAGAGGCCCGACACCAUCCACCUGGAAGGACUUCCCUGCCGCUGGUUUAGCCAGAAAGAUAGCCAGUAUCCUGAUCGGCCCUCUGAAGAGGUCCUCACUGCUGUGUUUCAAACAUUUGGCAAGGUGCGUAACGUUGACAUUCCAAUGCUGGACCCAUACAGGGAGGAAAUGCUUGACAAAAACUUCAAUACAUUCAGCUUCGGUGGUCAUUUGAACUUUGAGGCUUACGUCCAGUAUCAGGAAUACUGUGGCUUCACUAAGUCCAUGGACUCUCUGCGUGGCAUGAAGCUGAUGCUGAAAGGAGAUGAUGGAAAGGCGGUUGCAUGCAACAUCAAGGUGACCUUUGACACCAGCAAGCACCUUAGCGAUGCAGCCAUAAAGAAGAGAACCCUGGAGAGGCAGAAGCUACAUGAGCUAGAGAAGCAGCGAGAGGAGCAGAAACGACGAGAAAAGGAAGAGGAGGAGCGACGGAAGGAGGAGGAGAGAAAACAGAAAGAACACGAAGAGGAGGAGAAGGAGAGGAAGAAGGAGGAGAGGCUGCGUAAACGAGAGCAGAAGCUGCGGGAGAAGGAGGAGAGGAAGAAUCUAAAGAAGGUGAGAAGACAGCAGGAGCAGGAGCAGAAGAAGCUGCAGGUGAAGAUCGCCAUGGAGGAGAGGAGGCUGCUGCUGGCUCAGCGCAAUCUGGAAUCAAUACGACUCAUCGCUGAGCUGCUCACCAGAGCAAAGACGCUUAAGCAGCAGCAGCUGGAGAAAGAGAGAGCUGAACUCCAGGAGCGAGAAAGGCUGGAGCAGAUUCGUCAAAAGGAGGAACUGGCUCGUCUUCAGCAGCUGGAGGCCUGCCGCCGCAAGCAGGAGGAGGAGCUGUGCAGGGUGGAAGUGGAGAAACAGCGAGCGCUGGAGCUUCAACGAAGAGAAAAGGAGCUGAGGGACAAACUCCUGUGCAAUCUUAUUAAGAAGAGCAGGAAGGAGACUUUAGGAGCCAUGGACAUGCAGAACCAAGUUGUCCCUCUAACUGGGGAAAAGGUUUCAGAUCUUGGUGUGACGUUGGGGGUCCUGGGUGAGGUGAAUGGUGUAAAGGAGGAUAACGGCAGAGGAAAGAAGACCUCUAAAUCUAAUGUCCACUCUGAAGGUUUAGAGAAGAAUAAAUCAAAGGAGAGAAGAAAAAGUGAUCAUAGGAGGGAAAAGUCCAAUCAGAGCAGAGAACGAGCAAGGGACCAUUCCCACAGUCGGGGGAGACGGAGGCAUUCUCAAAGUUACGGUAGAAGAAGAAGCUCAAGUCGUGGCAGAAGGAGUUACAGUCAUCGCAGGAGGAGCGACAGUCAACACAGAGGCAGGAGGCACGCAUACUGCAGCAGCAGCUCCAGCAGAGACAGGAGGAGCAUCAGUGGGCGGAGCCACAGCAGGGGGAGGAGCCACAGGCAGAGUCACCGCAGACACAGCAGGCAGAGAUCUAGGAACAGCAAUAAAAGCAGGGACCACAGGAGUCUCAGUCAUCACAGCCGAAGAUACAGAAGACACAGCCACAGCAGGGAUCGGAGCCACUCCAGACGACGCUAAAUGCAUUAAAGCAGUUUUUAUUUUUAUUAAGUGGCAUCCUGUACGAACAGUCUGUGUUCACUCCUUAAAAU